AAUAAUUUUACAUAUAUGAUUUAUUUCUUACAAAAAUCUCAUAUAAUUAAUAUUGGUAACAUUAUUCUGAAAUUCGCUUAAAUAUUCGUUUACAAAACUAAAAAAAAAUCAAUAUCAUUGUUAUAAAUAAUUUAUUUUUUUUUAAUAUAAAGGUUACCUAUUGUUGGAAACUUCAUUUGUUUAGUCCAGUGAUUAGUAAAGCAUAGAGUGGGAUAUACUAGCAAUCUCUAAAUUUUAUAAUGUUACAUACCGACUUGAAGGAUGUCAACGUCUCUCUAUUAGAUUUCAUUUCUUCAAUAUCAGGUUUAGACCUUCCCAAAACCGAAGAGUGUAAAUUAAUAAGUUCCCUGUCUACGGAGAGGUCGGACUCUCCGGUGAGCACUCGGGUCCACCACGGGGGUUCGAUCCCCGGCGGGAUGGAGCAGGAAAAGAGGAUUCGGAGGGAGAUCGCCAACUCCAACGAGAGGAGGCGGAUGCAGAGUAUCAACGCCGGUUUCCAAUCCCUCAGGACGUUACUCCCGCACCACGAAGGGGAGAAGCUGAGCAAGGCUGCGAUCCUGCAACAAACAGCUGAAUAUAUCUACCAGCUCGAGCAGGAGAAGACACGGCUGUUGUCCCAAAACUGCCAUUUGAAGCGCCUCUUGAAUCAGCAUGAAGGGGAAGCAUCUGCCAACACCAAGAAGCGAAAGACAGAUUCAGGUUUGGUGGUAACGGUGACAAAUCCGAUAUGUGAGCCCGCCGAGGAGGUAGCGGAUCUAGUGCCAGUCACCCCUCAGUCCGCAAUCAUCUCAAAGGUCGAUUUAGACACGAAUGUAACAGGAACAACAAAUGACCUAAUCGACGUCAGAGUUCAACUGGAUAGGGAAAGGAGAUUACGCAUGAUUCUUGAAGAGCAGGUUCGUUCCCUUGAAUCACAGCUCUAUCCUGAAAGAAUCCGGGAAAUCACUCAACAAGUUCAACUCCAGUAUCAGCAGCGGGAUGAUCAACCAGAGGAUACAACUGGUGCUGCAGUGAUUACACCGAUGAGGCGGGAAGUGAUGUCGGGUGCUGCAGAAACUGUCGCAGCAGUGGCCAAUCUUCAAGUUGUCUCAGGGACCUCACUCCAGCCCGUGGCUCACACGGAAACUGUGAUAGCCACUGUAACGCCCUCACCUCCCCAUUCACCACGAUUGCCAUCUAUCCUGGAAGCUGCGAUCAAGGCCGAACCUAAGGUGGAAGUAGAGCGCUUGCCAUCUCCUCACUCUCUUUCCAACGACGACAGAAUGUCUCAAGCAAGAGUAUACUUGGCAUCAACAUCCAGACAGAACCUUGAAACAAUCGUCGAAGCAAUCCGGCAUUUGGAAGGAGAUAGCCUGUUUGACGGGGUCGAAGGGGGAGGCGGGGAAGAUGGCGCACCGCAGGAGGCCCCCCUGGCCCUCACCAAACACAACUCACCUGAAAAACAGCACCUGAUAAAGGUGAAGAUGAACCAGUACCUCCAGUUCCACCAGCAGCAGAGGCCUGGGGUCAUAGUUGUAAAGCAGCACACGUGAUCUCCACGUUCAUAGAUGUGCAUAUAAAUAUAUAUUCAUAUGUAUAUAUUUAUAUAUACAUAAGUAUAUAUAAACCUUUCUUUUUCUUCCCCUCCCCUACACAAACUGUUUAUUUUGUAUAUCUCUAUAAGAAACUCGAAUUGCAGUGACCUGGCUUAUGCCUAUUUGAAACAAAAGGACUUUCUAAAAAUACAGUGUUUACAGUUUUGGAAAUUGAUGUAUUGAUUUACCAUCUUGCGCGUAAUCCUUAACUUGCUGGCUUUUGCAAUGCAGGUAUUAGUGGACAUCUAUUUCCCAUGAUCAUCUUUAUUUUAAUAUAUUUAUAUUGUUCCAAGUUUUUUAGGUGCAAAAAUUACUAUAAUAAAUUGUAGAGGUGUUUUAAGAUUGGAUUUAUUAUAUGUAAAUGUAAUAUUACGUUGAAAAUCCUUUGUGAGAGGGUUGCUAUGUUACCCAUUGUAAAUUUGAAAAUAAAACUAUUUAAUACAAGCUUGUAAAGUUAUUGAUAUUAAUUUUAAUUAAAGUUAUCUUUUUUCGAUGAUAUUUAUUCGUGAAGUAAAACUUCUCUGAUAGAUGUACACUAAGAAGGAUUGUUUCUAGAUCAAUCUUGUUAUCUCGAACUAUAAAAUUUCUAAUAUAAUUGAUAUUUGAUUGACAACAUAUUAGCAAAGAAUAUUGUUAUAUUUAGUUAAAUUGAAAAUAUUAAUGUUUCAGUGAGUGUACAUGUAUUUUAUUAUAAUAUAAAAAUUAAAAAACCGAAUGAGGUUUAAAAAUACCUUCUCCUUGGUGUAAAUGUGUGCGGGAGGGGUGUUUUUGUUUUUGGCGUAGUGGACUGACACCUUGCUCUAAAUCAUGAUGUAAUGAAUGAAACACAUGAUUGAAGGGCUAGGUUCGUCUAAGCUAGCCGUUGAGAAUGGUGAGGUUUGUUCAUUCAUGAACAUUGCUCACCUCAAUACCAAGACUUUUGCAUUUGUAGGUAAAAUUUAUUUAAUAUUUUCCCACAGGACAUUGCCUUGUGUUGUUAAUUGUUAAAGCGAUUUUAGUUUUCGCUGUCAUCUGACUUUUGUUAUUCAACAUCAGACUGUUGCAUAAAGACUUUUUGUGUUAUAUAAUUUGUUUUGUAUUUAGUUUUUUUUUUUUUUUCCAAGGGGUUUUUCUUAGCUGGAAGUGCUUUUUAUAUCACCCCGCUUCUGUUUACUAUGUAUGUAUAUUAGCACAGCCCACCUGAAGGUCUGUACCCAUUCCUUUGAAUAAAGUAUGUGUGAUUUCAAUGUGUAAUAAUAUGCAGUAUAUAUUGAAUUAAGAAAGUAAUUUAUUUUAAUUUUUUUUUUCUAUUUUGCAGAAAUUUGUAAGAAAUUGUAUAAGUGUAAUAUUUUUUUUUUCAAAUGUGUGAUUGCGACCUAGUAUGAUGGACACCUUAGCUUAAUGUGUAUAUGUAUACGUAUGUUUAAAGAAUUCUGUAGUUUAUUAGAUUAGCAAUUUGAACAAAAAGUGAUGCAAAAAUUGUAGUAAAAUUGUGCUAGUUUAAUAGGUUGGCAGGGAACCUAUCCCCUGCGAACCGUUAAUUUUAAUAAUAUUUUUGUUUUGUUUUUUAUGUUGUUUUUUAAAAUUAAAAAUGGCAAAAUUGUUUUUAUUACAUUAAGAUUAAAAUAUAUUCAUAUAUAAAUGCAUAAUUGACUUAUAUCUGAUAAUGAAAGGGUGCGUGUAUAAUUGAUAGAUAAAUAAGGAAGAAAUGCAGGGAAAUAAUGAGAUAUUUUAUUACGUUAUCGCGAGGUAAUUAUGUAAGCCCUUAAGAAAAAACAAAUACCUUGCAUUUUUUUUUUUUUUUUCUUUUUCUUAACGUAUAUAAUACUAUUAGUAGUAAUUUUAUUUAUUAUUACUAUUUUUUAUUAUUUUCUUUUGACUGUAACAGGAUUUGCUUAAUUAUAACCCUUCAUUUUAAAAGUUUAUUUAUAUGUUGAAACAAUCAACACAACUCCUCACAGAAUUAUACACCAUACUCAUAACACAACAUUGACACAACACGCACAUCAUAUUUAUUUUAUUUUUAAUAAAUUAUUUAUUUCAAGGGCUGGCAAGGGUUGUAUAUUAAAAGUUCCUUUCCCAAAAUGCAUCGGUUAUUAACGAAAAAUAUGUUUUUCAUCGUAAGCAACUGCUUACAUGAUUUGAUUAAAUCAGCUUUUAUUAUCAUUAGUUAGGUUUUUGAUAGCACUAGCCAUUUGUGGAAGUUUCCUGUUUGCUUUAAGCAAUUGUUUUUAAUUGUGAAAGUUAUCAAAUUUAUAAGUGAAUUUUUUUUUUUUUUUUAUGUAAAUAGGUAGAUGUACCUUCUUUUUAUACAUAAUGCAGAUAAAAAAAACAAAAAAACUUAUUUUUUUCAAGUGCUUUAAGACGCAUUAUUUGUACGAAUGUGUGUAUCAUUGAUGGAUCUAUUCACUGUGUAUCUUGAAUACUACACACAUUUAUACGAUGCAGUUUUGAAAUAUUGUUUGCAAGUUUGUUAUUGUUUCCUUAAAGAGAGUAAUUUGUUACUGUCUAGCACACUUUUGUUUAAAUUGUAAUUAUAACUAUAUAUACAUAUAUAUAUAUAUAAUAUAUUUUCUUUCGGACAAAUUACUACAUAUUCUUUUUAUUGAAAGUUCACUAGUAGUAUUGAUUACAAUUGUAAAAAGAUUUGAUCUAUUAAAUAUUGCUCAAAUUUUCAUUUUACUGAAUGUCAUAUAGACGUGAAUAUUAUUGUAGCUUGGUUAAUUUUUAAAGAAUGAAUGUAAUUUAUUAUGUAAUUUGUAUUAUAAAAUAACCAUUCUCUUAGAGUUUUUCUUAUGUACUUGACAUAAUGUACAACAAAGAAGCUUUAUUCAUUAAAUGAAAUCGCUCAGUCUAGUUUACUUAUCUUAAGUACAUAAGGAAAAUGUUGUAAAUUGAGUAAGCUCGUAAAUAAUGAUGAGGCUGCAAAAGCAAAGCAUUUUUGAUUACAGAAACAUCAAAUAAAUGUAGAUUUUAAACUUUUGAUCUAAUAUUUACAUUUAUUUCAUUCUAAAAAGUGCAAUUGGCAGAUUAUAAUAUUAAUUACAGCAUUGCACUCGUUAGGAAUAAUGCACUUCUCAAAAUAUUUACGGAUACAGAGAAUGGAUUUUGGAUAAAAUUUAGCCAAGCUUCAGUGGUCCUUUAUUCUUGUAUUUCUUGCUGGUCGUCUGUGUAACUUAUAAUACAACUGUACAAAGAUUAAAUAUAAGGAUUUAGAUUUUUUAAACAUUUAUUCAUUGAAAAAAAUCUCUUCCAAGAUAUUUAUAAUGCAUUGGUUUCUGUAUAUAGCAUCUUAUAUAUCUUAGGCCUAGCAGUUUUGUUUUCUUUUUCCAAAAAGUAACAUAAUUGUUUGAAGGUGUUGUAUAUUUAUUUGGCAUUGUUUUUAACAAUACAUCAUUUUAAACUAUCAUUUU